CGAGAAAGUUGCGGACCCGUCCGCAGAGCGCACCAUCGUCUUCAGCGGAGCACACACAGCAGCUAGGUGUGCUCUUCCUGCAGCGCCAGAAAUUGUAAAUAAUUAACAGUAAAAAAAAACAACAAAGAAAAACUCACCACCAAAGAAAGUUAUAAACGAAAACGCUUAAGCAAAAACCAAAGAUGCAUAAAUCUAAACAAAUAUGAUACAUAGCCAAUAUGUAUAUAGAAACUAGCAAAGAUAAAUAAAGUUCGAAAGCGAGGAAAAACACCGAUCCCGGCAAGCAAAUGUCCGGAUAAGGGAGCCGCUACCUGACCAAUGGAUGAAAAUGCAGCCGUCGUCGCCGUCACUUUCGCCGUCGUCACUUUCGCAUCGCUUUUGUCAGCAGCAACAGGAAAAGUCGGAAAAGCAUCUGCAGGAUCAGAAGGAGCAGUCCAAGCUGGCCGGAUACUCGCCCUGCCACGCCCACGCCAAUCGAACGCCCUCGGUCGGUACGGCAGCGCUGCCUCAGCUGGCGUCUACGCCCGCCCCGGCAGCAGCGGCCUAAGUUGCCAAACCCAAGGAAUCCCACUUCGAAAUAGCCCAUCUAAGCAGCAGCAGCAGCAGAAGCAGCAUCCACACAAAUUGCAACUGCAACUGCAACAGCCACAAAUAUUGCAACUGCAACUGCAACAGCCACAAAUAUUGCAGAUAUAACUGCAACAGCAACUGAAAUUGCAGCUGCAACUGCAACAGCAACGCACAUAACAUAACGCACAAGGCAGCACACAAAGGCAAGCAGGAUAGACCGGAAGCGGAAGGACAGGAAGAGGCAGGACGGGCAGCGGACACAGGCAAACAAAAUGGCGGAUGGUGGGCAUUCAUUCGUGAAGAAGACAUUUCAUAAGCCAACAUACUGUCACCACUGCUCGGAUCUCCUCUGGGGCCUCAUCCAGCAGGGAUAUAUCUGCGAAGUUUGCAACUUUAUCAUUCACGAACGAUGUGUCACCAGCGUGGUAACGCCCUGUUCCGGCAUCGCUCCAUGUAUUAUAAAGAAUCCCGUUGCCCAUUGUUGGUCCGAGCCAACUCAUCACAAGAGAAAAUUCUGCACAGUCUGCCGUAAGCGAUUGGAUGAAACGCCAGCGGUGCAUUGUUUAGUCUGCGAAUAUUUCGCGCAUAUUGAGUGCCAAGAUUUUGCCGUGCCCGAUUGCACCGAGAAUGCCACGUAUGUGCCGGGCAAGGAGCUGCUUAAUGUGAAGCAUCAGCAUCACUGGCGAGAGGGUAAUCUUCCAUCAACGUCCAAAUGCGCUUACUGCAAGAAAACCUGUUGGUCCUCGGAAUGUCUCACUGGCUAUCGCUGCGAGUGGUGUGGCAUGACGACCCAUGCCGGAUGUCGCAUGUACCUGCCAACCGAAUGUAAUUUUGGUAUUCUACAACCUAUCUACUUACCUCCGCACUCAGUCUCGAUUCCGCGCACCGAGGUGCCCAUCGAGGCCAUAAUCGGCGUCCAGGUCAAAUCGAAGACUACGCUCGUGCGCGACUACUCGUGUCCCAGUCCGGAUUUGAGCUGCCCGAUUCCGGGUGCAGGAUGUGGGUCACUGGCGGGUCUUAACCUGAAGGAGCUGCUCGAGCUCCACAGGCAAAGGCUUGAGCAAUCGAAACAAAAUUUUCUCCUUUCCACGCCGCCCACGCCCACCUCCUGUGGCUCCAUCUCGCUCUGCCACUCGCCCACGCCCUCCUCGCUGACAGUGGGUGAGACGAGCAAUGAGCAGGAUCACGAUCGGGAUCAGGAUCGGGACGCCCCGGGGCAGGAGGAGGAGCCCGAGGAGGAGAACACGGAGCAGGACAGCGCCCUGCAGCUGACCACCUCCACGUCGAAUGUGAUCGGGAAUCUGCAGAAGUCGCCGUCGGCCAACUCCUCGCUGCACCUGCUCUAUACGAAUCUCUUCCGGAAGCUGGGACAGGGCAAGCGGAGGCGGAAAAGGGGCUCCAGCGGAGGGAUCUCGCCCAGCGAGGACGAGGACGACGUGGACGGCGGUGUCUGUGAUAUAAGCGGUGGCGAUCUAAGCGAUGACUAUGACCACUGUGACGUCGCCCUGCGCCGGCGAUCCCUGCGCAGUCGGCAGCCAAGGGAUGUCAGCGAGACGGAUUACCACGGGGAUGCCGAGGCAGAGGUCGAUGGCGAGACGGCGCCCAGGGAAAGCUGCUACGAGACCUCCGAUACGGGUGGCGAACUGACCAACACCGAUGAGCUCGACAGCAGUCUCAAUCUGAUCAGCAACCUUAGCUAUAAUAGUAGUAAUAACAGCAACGCCUCCAAUGCUCCAGGAGGAGGAGGAGGAGCUGUUAGAAGCGCCACCACCACCACCCCCACCACUGCCCCGGGAAAGUCCGGACACGCCUUGAGCGUCCAGGGCGGACGCCAGCAACCCAAGACUGGGGCUCUGGCCCAAAUCAAGCCCAAGCCCAAGCCCAUACUCAUGCCCAAGCACAAGGCGCAGGGCAAGGGCGGCUCCCUGAGCUCCCCGCUGUCCAACUCCAACUCCAGCGACUGCUCCUCGGCCUCGCCCUCCGCCCCGGCCACGCUGCUGCAGCUAUCGCCGGUAGGCAGGAGCAAGUCCUUCCAGGAGUCGGCGGCCAUCACGGCCGUUUCGCGCUACAAGAAGUAUGGACGUGGACUUUUCCAGCGUCGACGCUCGAAGAAAUCGCCCAAGAAUGCCGUGGGAGCGGCGGGCGGUAAGAGCAACUACAGUUUGGAUAGACUGUCGCAGAACAUCGAAAUUACCAUCCAGGACGAGGAUGGCAACUACCAUCCGUAUGAUGACAACUUUCACAUGCUCGCCAGAAGACUGGACGCCACCGAUGUGGACGACGAUGUGGGCUUCGAUGAUCUCUACCUGGAUGACCGGCCGAGCGGGGCCAGCGAUGAUCUGGCCUUUGCCGGCGACAUCAGCGACGGUGGGGCCAGCAGUCGUUCGCGGGCCAGUGACGCCAGCGAUGGCCAUGUCCUGGGCCGGCUGCUCCGCCAGAUGCGACAGGGCCUCUCCGUCGGCUGGCGCAAGCCGCGCUACCAGAAGCGUCGAGCACGCAGCAUAUCCGAGGAGUUCAGCAGCGGCGAAGCACCCCGUUACAAGGACGAGGAGUCGGCCAGCAAGACAGAAUCGGGACAUGGACCCACCAGCAGUGGUGGUGGCGCAGGAGGCGUUGGAAGCGGAGGAGCAGGAGGCUCGUCAACGGCUGGUGCCUCGACAUCAGCAGCCGGUGGUUCCUCCGGCCAUUAUAGGCCCGAUUCCGGCUCCGGCCACAAGUCGGAUAAGUCGGAGAAGGAUCGCGAGAAGAAGGAGAAGGAGCGCGAGGAAAAGGAUAUAGAGAUGAUCAAGGUGUUCGAUGGCAACAACUCAUUCCGACGCCAGCAGUACCGGGUGAUCAUCGUGCAGCGCACCUAUACGCUGGAGCAGCUGCUGACCACCGCCCUGCGGGCAUUCCACAUCACGCGCGACCCGCAGGCCUUCUACCUGACCGACCUGUACGCCCCAGCCGGCAUGGAGGACACCCCGAUGCUGGAUCCCACGCCCGUGCUCAACCUGACCCAUCUUGAGGGCAAGAGGCCGGCCAUUUACCUACGGUUCCACGACCGCGACCGUGGCCAUGUGCGCGUCUACCCCGGCAAGCUGCAGUGCUCUUCGCUGGAGGAUCCCUAUGUCAGUGUUCCUGUAGAUAAUAGCACAGUUAUUAAGGAUUUGAUACGCGAUGCCCUGGACAAGUUUGGGCUGCAGGAUAACCAGAUACAGGACUACAGGUGCUCGGAGGUGCUGCUCGAUCGCGGCGUGACCGAACGCAUCUUGUCGUGGAACGAAAGGCCCUGGGAUAUUAUGAAGCAGCUGGGCAAGGACUCCAUUCGCCAAAUGGAGCUCAUGCGGUUCUACAUGCAGCACAAGCAGGAUCCACAUGGCCCCAAUAUCGCCCUGUUCGUGGGUAACCUACCCACUGGUCUCUCGCAGCGCAACUACGAGCAGAUCCUCAACAAGUACGUAACGGAUGAGAACAAGUUCAUCAGCAUUGGACCCAUCUACUAUGAGUAUGGCUCCGUGGUGCUCACCUUCGAGGACACCAUGAAGGCGGUUCGCGCCUUCUACAAUCUCCGCGAGACCAUCAUCGAGGACAAGAAGCUACUGGUAUUGCUACUGCCGAACAUUGAGCCCAGCAUGGUGCCCUCGGAUGUGAGGCCACUGCUGGUCUUCGUCAAUGUGAAGUCUGGAGGCUGCCAAGGAUUGGAGCUGAUCUCCAGCUUCAGGAAACUUCUGAAUCCCUACCAGGUCUUCGAUCUGGACAAUGGCGGUCCUCUACCUGGCUUGUAUGUAUUCCGACAAAUAACCAACUACAAGAUUCUGGUUUGCGGCGGAGAUGGCACCAUUGGAUGGGUGCUGCAGUGCCUGGAUAAUGUGGGCCAGGACUCGGAGUGCUCCAGCCCACCUUGCGCUAUAGUUCCCUUGGGAACUGGCAACGAUUUGGCACGCGUUUUGUGCUGGGGCUCCGGUUAUACCGGCGGUGAGGAUCCCCUAAAUCUACUGCGCGACGUCAUCGAGGCGGAGGAGAUACGGCUGGACCGCUGGACGGUUGUCUUUCAUCCGGAGGACAAGCCAGAAGAGCCGGCCAUGAAGGCGCCCUCGCAAACAACCGGUAAGAAGAAGAAGGCACACCAAGCACACCUAUCGCAAUCGCAACAAACCAAUCAGCAUCAUCAAUUACCGGCUCUGACAUCGAGUGAUAUAUCAGGUGGAGCCCAAAACGAGGAUAACUCUCAGAUCUUCGUGAUGAACAACUACUUUGGCAUUGGCAUAGAUGCGGACCUCUGCCUGGACUUCCACAAUGCGCGUGAGGAGAAUCCCAACCAGUUCAACUCGCGACUGCGCAAUAAGGGGUACUACGUGAAGAUGGGCCUGCGCAAGAUCGUGGGUCGCAAGGCUGUCAAGGAUCUGCAGAAGGAGCUGCGCCUGGAGGUCGAUGGCAAGAUCGUCGAACUGCCACCCGUCGAUGGCAUUAUCAUCUUGAAUAUUUUGAGCUGGGGCAGCGGUGCCAAUCCCUGGGGUCCUGACAAGGACGACCAGUUCUCCACGCCCAACCAUUACGAUGGUAUGCUGGAGGUGGUCGGCGUUACUGGCGUGGUCCACUUGGGUCAAAUCCAAUCCGGAAUUCGUACAGCUAUGCGCAUAGCCCAGGGCGGUCAUAUCAAGAUACACUUGAACACUGAUAUGCCCGUGCAGGUGGAUGGUGAACCCUGGAUCCAGAGUCCCGGCGAUGUGGUCGUCCUGAAGUCGGCCCUCAAGGCCACCAUGCUGAAGAAAACGAAGAGUAAGCGCCGUCUCACGGAGCCGCAUAUCUCGCCGGCGGUUCUGAGUCUAUCGGUGGCCCAACAGGGAUCGGGAUCGGGAUCGGUAUCCGUAUCGGGAUCCCCGCAGUCCCACUCGCAGCAGCAACUGCAGCAACAGCAACAGCAGCAGCAGCAGCAACAACAGCAGCAGCAGCUGGCCGAGAAUGGGGAGAAGGAGGCUUCGAUGGCUCUACCUGCCGGCUUUGGCAGCACCUAGAGCUUGGCCACGGGGCUGCGAUAUUGGUUCUCCUGUUUCUACCCAUAAUACCAGAUAGACAGUUAGCCAGGCCAUAACCAUUUUAACCCAUAACAGAUCAGAGCAGCAGAGAUAAUGGCCGAAUUGUAAACGCCAAUCGAAUAUUUAAACAAGAGCAAAACUCCAAUGCGCAAGCAAAUAAAACAUAAUCUUCCAAAAGAGAGAAAUAGCAUUAACAAGUCAAAUGAAAAAAAGAAAGUAAAAAGUUAAAACUAAAAAAUAGCUGUAAAUAAAAGUAAACGUGCUGUCAAGCUCUGAAUACUUUGAACCACCACCCAAGAACACAGACCACCCACCAAACCAACCAAAACCACCCACUGCACAAGAAGAACUGUGACCACCGCUAUUGAACUUGAACUUAGCUAACUGAAUCCACCACUAUUCACCCACGAACACCAUAUACCACACACACCAAACACACGAAACACACCACAGCGCCUAGAAGUUGUCUACAAUAUUUUAUUGUUCAUUUUUAUGCAAUAACUAUCUUUGGUUUUUCCUCUUGGAGGAACGAAUUUGAUCGAUUUUGUUUUCAUUUCCGUUUCUAUUACCGUUUCCGUUCCGUUUUUUAAAUGCAAGCUUUCGUAAUCCAUCAUUCAGUAUCGAAAUAUGUAUAACCGAAACCAUUUAGUUGAUUGAGUUCCGUUGCAUUUUGCCUGAUUUCUCAGCUAGCUUUUGAAGCACUUAUAACUCAAUCUAAGCUAAGGCAAACGAAAUUUAUUUCCUUUACGUUAACGCUCUAUUUUCUUACUCUCUUUUUCUCUCCAAAAUGAAAAUACACAAAAAAUAAUCACACGAUACAAAAAACCAAUGCCAAAAAAAUGUGACUUUAUGAAAUCGAAACUUUUUAACUAAUUAAUGCACCGGACGCUUCUAUGCCUUUCAAAAUUUUACACUAUUUUAAAUCUCAAAAAAACCUUUGAAAAUGAAAAUUCAAAAUGAUUACCGUUGAACGCAGGCAACCAUGUUGAAAAAGAACAAGCUGAAAAUGAAACGCCGGAAUACGGAACCCACCAUGAUGGUGGCCGGUUCGGCCACCCCCCAGCUGUCCUUGGCCCUGCCGCCCAGCGUGGGCGAGGUGGGCGUGGCCGGGGAGGGAGC